GAGAUGAAGAAGAAUCCCAGUGCUCUGUCGUCACUAUUUACCACAAACACAAAGUCAUAAAGCCCGCAUAUUUCUACAGUUUCUCUUCUUAAAAUUUGAUUUGAACCCUAACCAUACUCACAUACUUCUAGCCGUAUGUCUAACCUUGAAUUAAGACCAAAGAGCGAAUUUUGUUUUGACCAACUUUGUGGCUGUGGUUACUAGUGAAAACCCAGCCCUCGAAUGAAAGGACAGCGUAUUUACGUAGCACGCUCAAUAGCUAAGUUGAUUUGCGAGCGGGAGAUUUUUGUUCAAGGAAAGCAAGAGAAACUGGUGCAAUGUGGCAUCAGUGCCAGUGACCUAAAGAAACUGGAGGAUGCAGGGUUCCACACCAUUGAGGCAGUGGCCUAUGCCCCCAAGAAGGAGCUGCUCAACAUCAAGGGGAUCAGUGAAGCCAAAGCAGACAAAGUCCUGGCUGAAGCUGCCAAACUAGUGCCCAUGGGCUUUACCACAGCAACAGAGUUCCACCAACGCAGAGCUGAAAUCAUCCAGAUCUCCACUGGGUCCAAAGAGCUGGACAAGCUGUUACAGGGUGGGAUAGAGACGGGCUCCAUCACAGAGAUGUUUGGAGAGUUCCGGACAGGAAAGACGCAACUGUGCCACACCCUUGCAGUCACCUGUCAGUUGCCCAUUGACCAGGGUGGUGGAGAGGGCAAAGCCAUGUACAUUGACACUGAGGGGACCUUCAGACCAGAGAGGUUACUGGCUGUAGCAGAGAGGUAUGGACUUGUUGGGAGUGACGUUCUGGACAACGUAGCCUACGCUAGAGCCUUUAACACAGACCACCAGACCCAGCUGCUUUACCAAGCCUCAGCCAUGAUGGCAGAGUCUAGGUAUGCCAUGCUGAUAGUGGACAGUGCCAUGGCCCUCUACAGGACAGACUACUCAGGGAGGGGAGAGCUUGCUGCACGGCAAGGCCACCUGGGACGCUUCCUGAGAAUGCUGCUGAGGCUAGCAGAUGAGUUUGGCGUUGCCGUAGUGAUAACCAAUCAGGUGGUGGCCCAGGUAGACGGUGCUGCUAUGUUCUCGGCAGACCCUAAAAAACCCAUCGGAGGCAACAUCAUGGCACAUGCGUCCACUACACGACUGUACUUGAGGAAAGGCCGUGGGGAGACGAGGAUCUGCAAAAUCUAUGACUCGCCCUGCCUCCCUGAGUCUGAAGCCAUGUUUGCCAUCAACGCAGACGGGGUGGGUGAUGCCAAGGACUGAGCUCAGCUGGAACCAUGCCAAGGGGUGAGAGCAUGGCUGUAUUUCAUGAGGCCAUGCCCCUCACCCGCCACUGUAGACUUGCACAAUGGCAGCUCUUUUAUGCUGUGUACACUUCCCCUGAGGUAAGGGCUAAUAUGGGAGAUGCUGGCCAUAAUGGGUACUUUGCAUGGAGUGUUGUCUAUUGCCCUGAGGAACAUGCUUAGGCCAACACUGUAUACAGAUCUGUAUGGCCCUAUGAAGCUUUGAGAACCAGAGUGAGCUCAGCUUCACAAAUGUGUGGAAUUUUUUUCACCAACCCAAUAGACUUAAGAUAAUACAAGAAGAAUUAACUCCACUGGAGGAUAUGGACUUAUUAUUUAAGAAAUGUGUUGUACUGUGACUUCGGUGUUUCAAGGAUGUCUAGUUUUCUACAAGUGUUCUUCAUUACAACCAUUGUUUGGAUUUGACGUUCCCACUGUAUAUCAGAUCUAUUCUAUUAUUAAGAGCAGAUGUUUGAGUAAACAUACCAGUACGGACUCCUUGACACUCCAUUUUCCCUAUCCAUUACAGAACUAUACUUUCUGUAUAAGAUGCAUUGUAUUAAAACAUUUGAUCAUUAGGAUACCCUGUC